AUGGUGCUAAAACAGCCAGAGGUCCAAACAGAUGAGAACCUCAGCAUUUUGGCAGCAUCACAUCCCUUAACCUCAUUUGUCCCCAGAUGUGAAUUCCAAACUAGCACUGUCCCAAGGGACACAGCAGCCAAGUUCAUUGGGGCUAGGCCUGGGGCUGCCACUGUGAGGGUGGCUGUCUCUGGAGCUGGGAUUAGGACUGUGUUUGGAGGUCCCAUCAUUGGUUAUGCCAGGAACCCCUCCCUGAAGGAGCAGCUCUUCUCCUAUGCCAUCUUGGACUUUGCCCUGUCUGAGGCCAUGGGACUCCUUUGCCUGAUGGUGUCCUUCCUCAUCCUCUUCACCAUGUGA